AGUUUCACCGUGGCACUAAGCAUUUCAAACUCAUCACUGGAGCAAGGUUCUACACAUCGAACUAUCAUCACCACAGGUCAGCAACCAACCCCCUGGAAUUAAAUAAUUACGGUCUCGGUUUUACGUGGUUGAGAGUCUCUGAAACAUUUUGUAAUCGGUUCAGCUGCGCACUCAUCAACUGCCGAGGGAGAAUGGUGGAGGUGAGGAAGAUCUGUUGUAUUGGGGCUGGCUACGUGGGCGGUCCCACCUGCAGCGUGAUCGCCCAGAUGUGCCCCGAGGUGACGGUUACCGUGGUGGACGUGAACGAGGACCGUAUCCGUGCCUGGAAUUCUGAUAGCCUUCCCAUCUUUGAGCCUGGACUCCAGGAAGUGGUGGACUCAUGCCGCGGGGUCAACCUUUUCUUCUCCACAGACAUUGAUGAGGCCAUAAAAAAUGCAGACCUCGUUUUCAUAUCUGUCAAUACGCCUACCAAGACAUUUGGGAUUGGCAAGGGUCGAGCAGCGGACCUGAAGUACAUAGAAGCAUGUGCCCGGCGCAUUGCUGAUGUGUCCAUCGGGUGUAAGAUUGUUGUAGAGAAAAGCACAGUUCCUGUACGUGCUGCUGAGAGCAUCCGCCGCAUCUUCAACGCCAACACCAAAAGUAGCUUCAACUUUCAGGUCCUCUCAAACCCAGAGUUUCUUGCUGAGGGAACAGCCAUCGCUGAUCUGAAGAAUCCAGACAGGGUAUUGAUUGGAGGGGAUGAGACCCCUGAGGGCCAACAUGCUAUUGAGGCCCUGCGGAGCAUCUAUGAGCACUGGGUCCCCAAAAGCAAGAUUAUCACCACCAACACCUGGUCCUCUGAGCUCUCCAAGCUGGCAGCCAAUGCCUUUCUGGCCCAACGUAUCAGUAGCAUCAACUCCAUCAGUGCCCUGUGCGAGGUAACUGGUGCUGAUGUAGAGGAGGUGGCUCAUGCCAUCGGGACAGACCAGAGAAUAGGCAGUUGCUUCCUGAAGGCCAGCGUGGGAUUUGGUGGCAGCUGUUUCCAGAAGGAUGUCCUCAAUCUUGUGUACCUAUGCGAGGUGCUAAACCUACCAGAGGUUGCAAGAUACUGGCAACAGGUUAUAGAGAUAAACGAUUACCAGCGAAAACGAUUCUCUUCGCGGAUAAUCAGCUGCCUCUUCAACACAGUGACAGACAAGAAGAUAGCCUUGCUAGGAUUCGCUUUCAAGAAAAACACAGGCGAUACAAGGGAAUCCUCUAGUAUCUACAUCAGUCGAUACCUGCUGGAGGAGGGAGCCUGUCUACACAUCUAUGACCCCAAGGUUAAAGCGCAGCAGAUCAUGCACGACCUGAUUCAGCCCACACCCUCAGAAAGACAUGACCCCGCCACAGUUUCUCGUCUAGUCACAAUCGUCACUGACCCAUACAAGGCUUGUGAGAACGCCCAUGCAAUUGUCAUCUGCACAGAGUGGGAUAUGUUUACGGAGCUGGACUAUGAGAAGAUCUAUAAAGCCAUGCUGAAACCUGCCUUCAUCUUUGACGGUAGAAGGAUCUUGGACAGCUUGCAUGACCAACUCCAGCAUAUCGGCUUCCAGGUGGAGACUAUUGGGAAAAGAGUUAACCAGAGGAUCCACUUCACUGCCAUCGAGGACAAGUCAGAAAUAGACCAACAGCAACCAUUGAAGAAGAUCAAACUAUGAAGUGUGCUUAUGGGACAGGAGCGACAGAGCCAGCUCAGUGCAGUAAUAUAUUAAACCAAGUUAUCAUUUUUUAUGUAAUAUUUCAUUAGUGGGAUGGCUAGGCGGUAUACCAUAUUUUACUUAUAUACACCCUAGUAUUGAUGCACGGACGAGUUUGGGGUUUUUCUUUACCUUCUAAUGGUGUUUCAAAGUUUUGGUUUGUUAAAUGUGGGCCAUCGCUCUCCCUCUCCUCCUGCAUGCCGCCAGAGAGGAAGAGGUGAAGCGAGAGGUUUUACUUGUUCAUUUGCUACGUGAGGAUUAUUUGAUUGAAUAGAAGUUUCGUAUUGGUUAGGUUGUUACGAAUGCACUGAUAUAAGUGGACGCACGUUGCAUUUUGGAAACAUUUCAGCAUGGACAUUGCCUUUGAGUGGUUCCACCAUUUUAAAGUAGGCAGGGAUCCCUAUGAGUUGGGAGCAAUCAGCCAAUGAAGAUCAUUGACUACUUUAAAAUAGAGAUAGCCUCAAUGGCGUUGCCCUCGCUGACACAGAUGCUAUAAUGCACAGAUAAAAUGAUGAGUCCUAUACAUCUCUAUGGCCUGUUGUUCACAUGCAUAUUUGCCCUCUCGUUUGCAAGAAAGGUCCCGCCUCCUCCCGCCUGCCUUCCAUCUUUGAGGACGUGUAUUUCCAUUGUUAGAGUGGUCACUUGACUAUCUUGUCAAUAUAAUGCCACGUUCAUCCACUUAUAUCAGUCAAUUUGUAACAACCUAAACAUGACAAACUUCUAUUAGAUCAAAUAAGCCUACCGUAAUUAGACACUCAUAGACUUCCAUACAAAAAAGGGCCUAUCUCAUGUGGACAAAUUUUGGGUAGAGUAAAUCCUCUCGCUUCACCUCUUCCUCUCUGCUUUCACUCUGUCUGCAAGGUCAGAUGCAAUGAGGUGUUGGACAAUGAUGCUGAUUUAUUCUUUGCUUCUUAAUAUACAUUGCAUUAGGAAAGUAUUUGGACCCCUUAACUUUUUCCACAUUUUGUUGUUACAGCCUUAUUCUAAAAUUGAUUAAAUUG